AACAGACACGCGCUUUUUAAAACUCCGCGUUUUAAAGAUGCGGUCUGAUUUCUGUAUCUAUUCCACAUCUUUUUUCCGACAUAUGACGCACUGGAGAAACUGAAACUGGAUGUUACAGAAGGAUCUGUUGGAGAACACUGUUGUUUUCCUUGGAUUAUCAAAAUGCGCAUUUUCUUUAGUGAUGUCAAAAAGUCGGCCGACGUUUGGCGCGCAAACGAGAGAAGCUCCUCUGCUGGAGUAAAAACUAUUUUGGAGUUUUGCGUCCACAUCUAAUUCUCUCUCUCUCUCUCUCUCUCUCUCUCUCUCGUUUUCCUUGUUUUUGCACGUUUUCCACAUUUUUUUCUUUUUUUUUUGCGUAAAGUUAUGCGGUGCGCACGGGGCGCGUGGAAGGAUGCUGCUGCUUCUGCUUAUACAAUGGAAAUGAAGAGCACUUUAGCAGCCGUGCUUUUGCUUUUGUUUGUACUCUUUUGUCCCGCUUUCAGCCAAGAACUCAAUCCCAAGGGCCGGAACGUAUGCAGGGUACCAGGGUCUCCGGGGUUUGCGUGUUGCAGUGGAUGGGCACAACAAGGAGACGAGUGUUUGACACCUCUCUGCGAGGGAAACUUCACUUGCAAGGAAAACGAGGUGUGUGUCCGACCAAACGAGUGCCGCUGCCGUCAUGGAUAUUUUGGAGCGAGCUGUGACACCAAGUGUCCUGCUCAAUUCUGGGGUCCCGACUGCAAAGGCAAAUGCACGUGUCACCCUAACGGCAAGUGCGAUGAUGUAACAGGCAAGUGCACAUGCCACCCAAAUCGCUGGGGCGAGUACUGUGAGAAACCGUGCCCAUGUCAGAAAGGCAAGUGUGACCAGGAGACUGGAAAGUGCACAUGCCAUGCCGGCUUUUGGGGUCCGCACUGCAGCAACAACUGCUACUGCAGCCUAAACUCAGUGUGUGACCAGAGCACCGGCCGCUGCCUGUGCUCUCCGGGGUGGUAUGGGCGCAACUGCGGUGCCCAGUGUGCCUGCAAUAACUCCCCAUGUGAGCAGUUCACCGGCCGAUGCCAGUGCCGUGAUCCUAUGUGGGGCCCAAACUGCGAUCGAUACUGUCAGUGCGCGCACGGGAAAUGCAACCAGGCAGACGGUUCCUGCACCUGCAAACCAGGCUACAGGGGCAAAUACUGCAGGGAACCUUGUCCUGCUGGGUUCUACGGGCAGAACUGCAGGAACAAAUGUGGUCACUGUAAGGGUCAGCAACCAUGUAAGGUCACAGAAGGACGUUGUGUUACCUGCGAGAAAGGCUGGAAUGGCACCAAAUGUGAUCAGAUGUGCGCGCCAGGCUUUUUCGGAGAGAACUGCAAGGACGAGUGUCCACCAUGUAAAGACGGCCAUUAUUGCAACCGGAUCGAUGGGAAGUGCUCCCACUGUAAUCCCGGCUGGAUCGGAGAUCGCUGUGAAGUUCGCUGUCCCAAUGGCACCUAUGGGGAGAACUGCGAGAAUGACUGCAGCCACUGCUUUAAUGGGGAAUGCCACUUUGCUACAGGAGAGUGCCUCUGUGAUCCGGGCUUUUAUGGGACUUUUUGCAAUCUAACCUGUGAGUCCGGCCAGUUUGGGGUAAACUGCGCACAAACGUGUCCGUGCCAUGAUAAAAACUGUAACCCGGUCUCUGGAGCCUGCAAUCUGUAUCCUAACCAGCGGAUGGGUGUGAUCGCUGCAGGCACGCUGGUGUCCUUAUUGCUGCUCAUCCUGCUCUCUCUGCUCUGCUGCUGCUGCCUCUGUAGCAACAAAGACCGCAAUAGUUCGGACCGGGAAAACUCGACCAGCAGUAAGAAGGCCAAGAGGAUCCUGUGUGGACGAUUUAGCCGAAUCAGCACCAAGCUUCCCAGAAUCCCACUGCGCAGACAGAAACUCCCCAAAGUCGUUGUAUCUCGCCAUGACCCUGAGAACACCUUUGACUGCAGUUUCAUAGAGCCCCCAUCUGCCACCGAGCAUCGGACUCCAUCCUGGUCCUCCCAGGAGUCCUUCUCCUCUUUUGAGACAAGUGAAGAUGGCCCAGUUUACUGCGUACCACAUGAAGAUACCAUAAAUGAGGGAAAUGCAAGACCCAGCCCCAAUGCCACUGCAGAGAAUCUAGUUCCUGUCAGUGAGGAUGAUGCUGGCGAAUACACCUCUCUCAAAGACACAAGAGUGACAACAAAGCCUGUCAACGAUGGCAGUGAGCAGCCACUGCUAAAGUCAGACAGUGAAGGCUCCACAAGUGGGUCGGAGUCGGCUAUGGGACCUCUUUAUGCCCGAAUUGCACGCCUCUCUAAGAAUUCCAAAGAAGAAGAGGACAGUAGCACAGCUGAGACCAAAGCCAAUGACAAGGCCACAUCCCCUGAAAAAACCAAACCCCGGCCACCAGACCCUUCUACCAAACCAAAGGUGUCUUGGAUCCAUGGAACUUCUGGAGUCAACCAAACAGAGAAGGGCCAGGCACCUUCCCCACCAAAAGAGAAGAAAAGAACCACAACAGAAGGUUCUGGAAAGGGGGAGGAGAAGCAUCGAUCUAAGGACAAGUCAAGCAAGAAAUGUGAGCAGAAGAAUCAUGAUGGCAAGGGUGAUGGGAAUGAUUCCCCAAGGAAAACCAAAGCUCACAAAGCUUCAGAUCCCAUCGAGCACAUCAAUGGAGCUGUCCAGAAUGCCUUAAAGAAAAUUGGAAACUUCCACUCAGAUAGGAAAGGUAGUGACACUACCAAAGAGCCACCCAAGAGUCCAAAGAUCAUGCAUCCUCAUAUAAACUCAGAGGCGGCCACUCUUCUUGCCGCCCAGCUGAAAGAGAAGACCCAGAGCCUGAAUCGCAAUGAAGGGCUUUCAGUUGGAAUCAAACCCAAUGGGGUGUCUACCCCCCAAGCCAACAGGGAGAAGCCCACGCCACCCCAGAAGGCCAAGCGAUCAGUGACUGUAGCCAACAAACCCCUUCUACCAACCUCUAAUAAUCUUCAGAAGAUGAUUGCUCCUGUAACAGACUCCAGCACCCCCGAGCCUCAAAGCCCAGAAAUGCAGGCCAUAAAUGGGACCCAGAUAGGAGAUGCAGGAGAUGCCACACCAAAGAAAACACCCAUUAAAAAACCACCUAGAAAGAAAGGCAAAGAGACAACCUUAGAGACAGAACCUAAGACCACUCCAAAGACGGCUAUUAUGCCACCUCAGAUUAUCAAAUAGACAAUUUAUUCGGAAAUAACUGGGCUGACCAUGCAGUGCCUGCUUGUAGUGAAUGAAGCCUUUGAUUUAAUACUUUCUUGUCUCAUGCUCAUGAUAAACAAACUGUUGGAUGGGUAUCAAAUGGAAUUGCCCGAUACUGGGUAUAUUAUUCUGCAAGAUGUUUUUUUUUUUUUUUCUUCAAAUCUUUUGAUGUCCAGGACUAGCUUGGAGAAGGAACAGUCACUGGUUAACACAUCGUGCCUUGACAGUUGUACUGCUUGUACAGUUUUGAACAAAAUUCACAGUUGUAUAGUAGGUGGAAUUUUAUUUGAUAAAAUUUUAUAGGCGGCCAAGUCUGCAUUUUCCAAACUGCAUACCGAUUUUCAUAUUGAUCAUUUUCAUGCCUUAUGACAAAAACGAAUUAUAUUAUCCGCAGUAUGAGCAAAGGUAGUACUUUGCAUAUGUGAAUACGGUGGUACUAUCGUUAGUCAUAGUUGAGACACAAGCAGUUCUUCCACACCUAUCAUAUCAUAUCUUUUAAGAGAUUCUGUCAUUCUGUAACAGUUCUGAGUUGAUGUCUACAGAUUUCUCACACCAUAUUGAGACUAUAUUUCAAUAUGUAAGUAUAUCAGGUGAAACUUGUAAAACUUGACGCAAAGAUACCAAAAACAUAUGCUAAACAUCUUCUCUCAGCUAAAAAUUUGGAUACGAUGUUGGAUUGUGGCACGCAUAGAUGUUCUAGCAAACAGUGGAGACUACAUACAAUGCCUCUUGGAUGUUUAUGAGUGACAGAGGAACCAGUAAUACCAUAAUGCUGCUGUUAAAGAACAUACACGGUCAUUUUAUUUACUUUUCCUUCCAUUCAGUUAUUAUUUGAAUUGCUUACACUUUCAGAGAUCUCUCAUAGGUCAGAUGUCUAGGUCAGACUAUUUGUGGUUUUUCAGUAGUAAAGGAAUUAACAGCAGCAUAGAGAACAAUGUGAGGUUUUUGUUGCCUCAGCUCCAGUCACAGCAUGUGGACAACAGACCACGGACUGGCGAGAGAUUGAUAGACGGUGUCGCGUUACAGUUACAUAAACAAGUCUGGUGUUAUGUUAGAGGGCGAACUGCCAGAAAGAGGAUUAACAACCAACAAACUGUGCUAGUGAUUAUUUUUAACCAUAAAGUUUUUGGUUGUGUGUGGCUGUUUCAUGGGGUCCACAUUGUUCCUCAUCUGAUUCCCAGGACUGUCAGGCUUUUUACCAAUGAGUGCAGCUUACUAUAUUUUAUGGAUGUAUAAUAUACAGUGCAUUUACAAAUGGAUUGAAAUCCUUUAUACACAUCCAAAAACGCACUUAUUGGAUGGUGUAUAAAGCAGUGAACAGCAUUAUAUGCCAGUAUAUUUAUUCCUCAUAUACAGCAACUACAAAACAUAUGCUGGUUUUGAGUUCAGUCAUCAGUAGUUGUUGAAGCAUCAUCGAUUCAGGGUUAAAACUGUACUGUUUUUAUUUAAUCAGUUAUAUAUUUUUUUAGAUUUCUCAAACAAGAAACGUUCUCAUAUAAUAAAAAAUAAAAAAAUUGGGAAAUAAAUUAAAAUGUAGCGAAAUUAAGUCAGUUGAUAAGAAAUAAAACACUUGGGGUGUGCUGUUGUAGGAAAAUAAUCAAUGAUGGUUUUGGUAUGAUGCUGCCUGACACUGUUAAUGUUAAAUACGUCGAUUAUUUUCCUAUAACAUAAUGUCCCAAACUGUAUUCUUCCGCUUAUACCACAGCAAACGCAAACUUUUUACAAAAAUGUUUUAAAGUAUGACACGUCAUACUAUUUAUCCAUUUAUAGUUCUGUUUAAUGUCGUGGAACAUCCAUGAAACAAGUGAGUUCCUGUGAACACUUUUGUUAUAGCAGCUAUAAAUAAUUGUUCCCUCACCAUCCUAUAUUUUUUUUAAGGAUGUCUUGAAGUUAAUAAGACAUCAGAUGUAUUACAGUGAGACUCACUGGUGUGUGUGUGUGUGUGUGUGUGUGUGUGUGUGUGUGUGUGUGUGUGUAUAACUGAUUAAAUAAAACAGUUUCUUCAGUUUAGCUAAAUAAAACGAUUUAAGCUUUUCUUAUCAAACCUGAAAAAAAAUAAACUAUUACAUUAUAGAGUUAUUUAAAUAUUUCACAUCUUUAAGCCUUAAAGCACUUGUAGGUUAUUCUCGGAUCUGGGAAUAAACUGAUCUAAGAGAUGACAGUGGCAGAAAGAUGCAUAUUAAAAACUGGACAGUUUUGGAGUUUUAUAUAUAAAUAUUUAGGCUCUGGUGGUUGUGUUGGAUGUGUAAUGAAAGAAACGAUAUUAUUGAAAUUUGAUGUACAGUAAGGAUUUUUUUUUUUAAUUAUUAUUAUUACCGUCAAUCUUUCUAUUAAAUGGUACCGCAAAUUUCCCUUUUUAUAAUGGUUAUUUUUCUACAUUGCAAGGUAUUUUGUAAUAAUAUUGUUAUCUAUGUUUGUAAGCUGUGCUUAUAUGACGUUUAUAAUAUUGUGCUCUUUCUUUUUGUUUCGUGUCAAAUGAACUGGCUUUCAAAUUUGAUACUUUUUUUUUUUUUUUUUAACCCUCCUGCUUUUUUACAUUCAAGCAUCAGGUACAAACAUAUACGUAUGAACAAUUUACUUUGAAUGUGUUGUUUCAUCAUGUUUCUCUGUGGAUGUUAUUGUUUUAAACGGUAAAUCAUAUGAUGCAGAGGUCAGUGAGAGAACUUCAUCUACGCUUAAAACCGAGGUCCAGUGAUUGAUGACAAAGAACACAUUUUUAUGUUUUUGCACAGACCCUGAAACUGUUCCAGCUACAGUAAUAAGCCUGAGAUGUGUGUCAAAACUCUGUGUUUUCCACUCUGAGAGGCCUGUGCUGAAGCAUGGCCCUGAAUUGGUCUGGAUUUCUCACUUCAUUUGUGUUUGUUUUCAUGCUGUUAACGUGUGAUUGUUCAAUUACCUUGUGUUGAAAUAAAAAUUAAACCUGUAGCUCCUGAACCUGAACGCAGUCUGCUAGUUUGGAUUACAAACUGAUAAGGGUCUGAAUUUCAACUGAAUUCAGCGUUUUAAAGAACAGACAUUGCCACAAAGCAGCUUUAUAACAAUACAGAUGUAGAUUUCGAUCCAUAAUGAGCAAGCCAUAGGCAAACAUGACAAGGAAAAACUCUCUGAGAUGACAUGAGGCAGAAACAUUGAGAGAAACCAGACUCAAAAUGGAGCUCAUCCUCAUUCGGUGACAUCAGAUAAUGAGAUUAUAAAUCAUUAUUGUAUAUAGGUGUAGAAGAGUAAACACAUACAGUAUUAAGUGUGUUGAAAGGAUGUUCAGUAUGAGCAGUGUCCUGGUAUGAUUAAAGCAGCAUAUUACAGGAGCAGUUCUUAGGUACAGGUCUGCAGUAUCCAGGUGAGAUUAUCCACUAAAACUAUCCCAAGUCAUGGGUAUAAACUGUUUUUGGGAAGUGUAUCUUUAGUGUAUCCAUGUUGGACCAUCCAUAGCAGCAGCAAGUGAGUCACAAGUGCAGAAAACAAGCAGAAGUAGAGCAUCAGGCAGGUCCAGAGGCAAAGAGGAGCCACAUUGCCUCCCUAACUCUUAAAUGGAAGAACUUUGGAACAACCUGGGCUCUUCUUAGAGCUCGCUGCCUGGCCAAACUGAGCAAUCGGGAGAAGGGCCUUGGUAAUAGAGGUGACCAAGAACCCUGUAGUCACUCUGAGUGUGGAGAUGGGAAAAUCUUGAAGAAGGUCAACCACUCCACUCCGCAUGUAACCUUGUUCCCUGAAAAGGGAAAGAGAUGUGCCCUCGCGCUUGACCGGUAUCUAAAGUCUGUGUGAAAUCAUGCCUAUUUAUAGGCCUGCCAUGGUCAGGUGAUGUGGCAAUUAUGCGUGUUGUGUGACUAUAAAGUGGGACCUAUGAACCAUGCUGUCAGCCUUUAUUAUCUGAAGCAAAGAUGCAAUUGACAGGCAUGACCCAGUAUAGCAGGGAACAAGGUUACAUGCAUAACCCAGAUGUUCCCUUUCAAAGGGAACUCAACAUUGUCUGAGCUUCAUGCUGUGGGAGCGAGUAUACCCACUCCAUCAUACUGAGGGUAUGGCCUGUCACAAGGCUCCAUCAAUAGGGGAAUGGCUGGUCGAAAUGGCGGCCAAGUAGACCACAAUUGUAGAAGGGGCCAACAUUGCUGAGAAACAUUCCUGUAAGAUUUCCAGGACUGUAGCCAUUGCACAGUUUACUGGGUCUCACUGAUGUCCUAGCACUAAACAUGGUCUCUACAACCUUGGUUGAGAGAAAGGAAUCUAUGAGCUGAUGUCCCUCAGGGACCAGACUCACAUUUUCAAUGGUUCCGGCCGAGGGUGAUAAAUCAACCCCCUGGCUUGAGAAUAUAGAGCUCCACAAAUGGGAAUCUCCCAGGGAGUGCUGUCCAGCAGAGAUAUCUCUGAGAACCAUAUAUGAGCUGGCCAAUCCAGUGCUACUAGCAGCAAAUGUAGCACGACCUUGGCAAACUCUUGCUAGAGCCUGUGGGAGCAGAGCAAUCAGGGGAAAGGGGUACAGAUGUGACCUUGGCCAAGUGUGUACCAGGGCGUCCAGCCCUGUCCCUUUUUAUGGUGCGGGAGGACUGAGGGCGAACCACAGCGGGCAGCAUGUUGUCUCCUCAGAGGCAACUUCACCCACUUGUAGAUAAAGCCUCCAAUCCCCAGGCCUCAGCCCCUGCCUCGACAGGAUGUCUUCCACCACAUUCCAAUUGCCUGGAAGGUAGAUUGCACUCACUGACAAAACCGUCCCUCCACCAGAGAAAAAUAAGUUGAGCCUGCGUGAAGGUAAUCCUCCC